CCCAGAGACACAGCUUCACCAGAACUCUCCCUCUGAGUGACACACGCACAGCUUUCUCACCAGAUCGCCAUCAUCAGGAUGAAGAUGCUUAUCGGCUGCUCUGCUUCCUUCCUCCUCCUCCUGCUGCUCAGCUGUCUGACUGAACCUGCUGAGAGCCGAACUCUGCAUCUGGACAGCUGCUCUGUCAGUGUUCACACACACGAGCUGCGCAAAUACUACGCACACAUACGAUCAAAUGCGAUUUCAGAAGACAACGAGAUCGGAAUGAAACUUCUGGAUAGAUCACUGAUGAAAAAUGUUCAGGACGGUCAGACAUGCUGUUUCCUGCGUCUUGUGUUGCGUUUCUAUGUUGAGAGAGUGUUCAGCAACUAUGCCUCAUCUGAGCCACAACAACAACGCUGCUCCAGCGCUCUGGCCAACGCUUUCGUGAGCAUCAGAAGAGACAUCCAUAAAUGUCAUUGCCAAUGUGGAGAAGAAACCCAGAGAACAAUUGAUUCAGUGCAUGCUGAGUUUAUCAAGAUGACGAGAUAA